AUGGACACGAAAACGACACCAGACCUCCUGAAGCGACCGCUUUAUGUCUAUGACCUCCCGCCCGAAGUUCUGACAACACUCUCCCUCAAAUCCGACGCGUCAAUCCCCGAUCAGACCCCGCCGUCGCCCCCAGCCAAAGACUUUUCCAGUUCCGAUCUCGUAGACUCUCAGGCCUGCUCGCUAUGCGCAACCACCUUCUCCUCUGUUCUCGACCAGCGAAGCCAUCAAAAGUCCGACUGGCACCACUACAACCUAAAGCAGAAGCUGCGGGGCGCAAAUCCCGUGUCCGAAAACGAGUUUGAGAAGCUGAUCGGAGACCUUGACGAAAGUCUGUCGGGCUCAGACUCGGAAGAGUCAGAAGACGAUGAAGACGAGGCGGGCCGCAAGGAGACUACUCUCACAGCGCUGCUGAGGAAGCAAGCCACCCUCGCCGAGACGAACAGAACCUCCGUGCCCGGCGAAGAAGACGAAGCCGAAGAGACGGUGCGACGAGCAGGCAAGGGCAAGCCCCCCCUGAUAUGGUUCACUUCCCCCGUCCUCCCCCCCAACACCUACUUCGGCCUGUACCGAGCCAUCCUCACGGGCGAAGAGCUUCGCGAGGAUGCGAACCUUGUAGAAAUUGUCAAGAAGAAGCAGUUGGAUCCCAUAGCCGCGCCAAAAGUCCCCAAGGACGGCUCGGCACCGCCACCAGCGGCCUAUAAGGGCCCUCACUUCUUCUUGUGCAUGAUCGGCGGCGGCCACUUCGCCGCCAUGGUGGUCUCACUCGCACCGCGCCAGAACAAGUCCUCUGUCGGGGCACUGAACAGAGAGGCCACCGUUCUGGCCCACAAGACUUUCCACCGGUAUACGACCCGUCGCAAGCAAGGUGGCUCGCAAUCCGCCAACGACAACUCCAAGGGCAAUGCCCAUUCCGCCGGUUCCAGCCUGCGCCGGUACAACGAGCAGGCCUUGGUUGAAGAUGUACGCAACCUUCUCCAGGAGUGGAAGGGCCUACUGGACACUUCUGAGUUGCUUUUCAUCAGAGCAACGGGAGCGACGAAUCGUCGCACGCUGUUUGGGCCGUACGACGGACAGGUCUUGAAGCACAACGACACGAGGAUACGAGGAUUUCCGUUUAGCACGCGAAGAGCAACGCAGAACGAGCUGAUGCGAUCUUUCAUCGAGCUCACGAGGCUAAAGGUCAGAGAGAUCAACCCGGAGGACGAAGCAAAACCAAAGGCGGAACGGCUCACGCCUGCAAAAGCCGCGGCCCCCAAGCCCACGAAGCCCAAGCUUACGGAGGAAGAAGAGACGGCACUCCUGCACACAUCACAGAUUCAAGCCCUCAUACGCCGCUCCAAACUUCCGGCACUGUUGUCGUAUCUAAAGAGCAACGACAUCAGUCCCGACUUUCAGUUCCAACCGCCAGGUCAGAACUACCACGCACCGACACCCCUGCACCUGGCUGCUCACCAGAAUGCCGCGCCUCUGGUCCUCGGCCUCAUCACCCGUGCCGGUGCCUCUCCACUCAUAACCAACAAGGACGGCAAGACGCCUUUCGACCUCGCGGGUGACAGGUCGACGCGGGAUGCCUUCCGCGUCGCUCGCUCGGAGCUCGGCGAGGGCAAGUGGGACUGGGACGCCGCGCGCGUGCCGGCACCGCUAAGCAAGGCAGAGGCGGAGAAGCGCGACGAGCGGGACAAGAAAGAGAGGGAGAGCAAAGAGACGGAGAGGAGGCGCGCCGAGGAAGAGAGGCUACGCGCCGAGGGACCCAGAGUUGAUGACAGGAAAAAGAGGGCGGGCGCUCUGGCGGCCGUCGCGUCGACAAAGACGGCGCAGGAGAAGAGAGAGGAAGAGGCGAGAGGCCUCACCCCUGAAAUGCGGAUGAAGCUUGAUCGGGAGAGGAGGGCUAGAGCCGCCGAAGAGCGUCUCAAGCGGAUGCAGGGCGGCGGAUGA